AUGUCGAAGAGAGUACGAUUGCUUACAACGAAAAACAAAUCUAAGAUAAAUAGUGGAAAAGAAUUCGAUGAUUUUAAAGAUAAAGAAGUAUUCACAGCGCGUGGGCGCUUAAAAGGUGCUUUAAUGGAAGUUCUAGGAGAUGAAUCUGAUGCUUCAUCUGGCCCCAGUCCUGUUAAACGUGAAAGACAAACUAGUCAAGAACUAGAAAGAGACUACACAUCUGAGGAAGAGGAUAAACCUGACAAGAACUUAUUAUCAGCAAGACAGUCCUAUGUAUUGAAACUCUUUGAUAGAAGUGUUGACCUGUCCCAGUUUAGUGAAGACUCUCCUUUGUACCCAAUUUGCAGGGCCUGGAUUAAAAACCAGCCAAAAGCAAACUAUAGUGCAUAUGGAAGAAAAUAUACUGAACCGAAAUCCACAGAACUUAGUGUGGAAUUACCUGGACCAGAAGGGUCACCUGUAUCUAGAAUACCAGAAUUAAUCCCAGAGCAGAAGGCCCAUAAUAAGGAUAAUAUCAAUUUAAACUAUCGUGAGGCACCACCACCAAGUAAGGAACAGCUUCUGCAAGAGCACUGCACCCGCUGGGCGGCUGUACGUAUGGCGUGGCUGGACCAGGCCGCCAAAGUGGAGGCGCGCUAUGAUCAGACACAACGUGUAUUGAACAGUAUCAACGUCAAUACAAUGUGA